UCAAUUGAUGGAAUUAUUAAAUUGGACGUUGAAAGUUAGCGCCGGAUUAACUUCUAUGGUGGAACUGAUUUAGGGGUUUAUCGCUCACAUUUCGAUCUCUCUUUUUUUUAUUUAUUUAUUUAUUUUAUUUUUUUAAACUCAUCUUUAGUUUCAGGAUUUCUUACAGUUUCUGAACUCGGGACAGUUGGUCUUCACUCAGUUUUUACCAUGGCAAACUCUUGUCUCCAACUGGGCGGCUUUCUACUCAGCUGCCUCGGCUGGUUAGGUAUUGUGAUCGCGACAUCCACCACAGAUUGGGUGAAUAUUUGUAAAUACGGUUUGAACACCUGCAAAAAGAUGGAUGAGCUGGAAGCCCGGGGACCAUGGGCGUACUGUGUCAUCUCUACGGGACUCUACCACUGCGUAUCCCUUACGCAGAUCCUGGACCUGCCAGCCUACGUUCAGACAACUCGUGCCCUGAUGAUCACGGGUUCAAUCCUCGGUCUCCCAGCAGUGGUUAUGCUCCUUAUGUCCAUGCCCUGUAUCAGUCUUGGGAAUGAACCCCAGAGCUCCAAGAACAAGCGUGCCAUCUUGGGAGGAGUGCUUAUACUCAUAGUUGCAAUCUGUGGUUUGGUGUCUACUAUCUGGUUUCCCAUUGGGGCCCACCAUGAGCACGGCCUCAUGUCAUUUGGCUUCUCCCUCUACUCUGGAUGGGUGGGCACUAUUUUCAGCCUGCUUGGUGGAUCCAUUGUCGCCUGCUCAUUUGAUUCCUCUUCAUCUCGCCCCUACCAGGAAAACAACCAUUUUUACUACUCCAAACAGGGAGGUAGCAACCUGCCAGCUGCCUCCUCCACCAAUCAUGCCAAGAGCGCCCACGUCUGAGAUUGGCAAUUAAACCCGCGUGGAUGUGUCGAUGGCAGUGGUUUGUACAUAGAGACGUAUGCACAACGGCCAAUAUAUCCCCAUUUAAUACAGUAACCAAGAAAAAUGACAAGAAAAAAUACACAAAUUCUUGAAUGAGCACACAUGCAUACACAAAAAUCCAAACAUAAAAAGACUGUUAUAGUUGAGCCUUUUUCCCACCUGUGGACUGUUUUUGUGUUGCACAGUUCAUUUUCCAGCCUCCUCAUCUCGGGUGUGGCAUAAACUUUCCCAAAUGUUACAUAAUUGUCCAAUCUCAUGAGUAACUGGUGUACAGUCACCUGAGGUCAAAGUCCAAUGAGGCCUCGGUCACUCAGACGUUGUAUUCUGUGUUCUGUAUUCAGAUUUUCUAUCAUGUACCUAAAGAUGAAAGAUCCUUUGAGUGUCUUUGUUGAUAAGUAUGUUUUUUUUAAAACCAUAAUAUCACGAUCUAUUGUUUUGAGUUUAGUAGGAUUUGACAGUAUUAUUUUUGGAAUUAAAAGUGGGUUUAUUGCUUAUGCACACUGAUUUUUCUUUGACAGUAUUGUACAACUAUCUAGCCUCUUGAGUGAUAGACCUGAUUAAAAUGAUAUAACACUGCUUUCUGUUCUAGCCCCCACUGAAUGAUGGUAGAAUGAUGAGAUCAUAAAUUUGACGGAAGAGCUUUACCAGUGUUACAGACUGUAUCAGAGUCUUAUUAUUUGCACUGAAAAAACUAACAACUUUGAACUCUGCCAUCUGACAGCGGUAUUUCUUAUCCCCCCCCUUUUUUUUUUUUUAAAUUCAACUAAGAUGCUUCUGUUUACCAUUUGAAUGAUGACUCUGUGUCAAAAUGCAGCAUCUGGUGUUGUAAAUUUCCCCCAAAAAUAUCACAGUCAAACUUUCUCAUGUAUUAGUCCUCAAAAAUGUCUAUAGCUAAAAGUAUGUUUAACUAGUGUGCACAAAAAGCAGCAUUAUGUUGAUUAACUUGUCUUGGUGGAAUAUAACACAGAUGGAGCCUGAUAAUUCCAAGCAACUCAGAUCUGUACAUAAGCAGUGUCAGCAGUGACUAUUUAUUGUUUUUACUUGAUGUGAUAUUGUUUUAUUUUCAGCAAUAAAGCCAAAUAAUGAAAAUUG